AGUCAUCAGUUUAAUUUGAGGCUCAUGCAGAAGAAAGUCUGCAAGCUGGACGCAGAUCUGGCGUUCUCAUACGGCUCAAUGGGAUAUGGAUAUUCUCAUCAGAUCAAACAUGCAGGAAGUACCAUUGAGAGUCUGGUAGAGAAAUCUCUCUUUCCCUGCUGCCCUCCUAAUGAAGCCCGAGAUCCAUUAUGUAAUGUGAUCACCCCCUCCGCACGGACCCGACUGGACUUCAUUCCCUCUGUGAUGCUGCAAGCAGUGGCGCAAAAAGGGGGUAUGCAGCGUAUGCGGCGCAUAUGGGCGCUGCACUAGAGGGGCGCCAAAACGAUGCCGGAAAAUUAUUUCUAGUCUGCAUUUUCUGUAAGAGCUGUUUGUUCAAGUCUGAUAAUACACAUCAAAAAACAGCACAGCACUAAUCAGGCGCCCAUCCACUCCGUCCCCUACCCUCCUGUCAUUUGCUCCCAAACACAGGCGCUUGAGAACGCGCCCCAUAGGGAACGGAAGAGGGAGAGAGAAAAAGAUGUUGUAGGGAUGAAGAAAAGCUUCUCAAAGUGGUUGAAAGACAGCAGAAAUGAAUGGCAUCCUGCUUCUAGUCUUCUGAUCCUACCACUGACUUUCUUACACCACUCAAAUUUAAGUAAUGUUAAGCUGCUGAAACAGAUUAAAUAUAAGAAUAUGGCUUCCAGAAGACACUCCUGUACUCAGCAAAUGCCAUCUGGAGCCCUCCACACAAAGACAUCUCACAGAGAAACACAGAAAUGCAGCAAGGACAGAACUCAUAACUGCUCAGAGUGUGGAAAGAGUUUUGAUCGACAGGGCAAUCUCCAACACCACCUGCGUAUUCACACAGGAAAGAAGCCGUAUCACUGUACAGAGUUCAUUUUACGUAUCACUGUACAGAACUCAUAACUGCUCAGAGUGUGGAAACAGUUUUACUCUACAGAUUACUCUCCAACGACACCAGCAUAUUCACACAGGAGUUAAACCACAUCACUGCUCUGAGUGUGGGAAGAGUUUUACUCAGCAGAGUUCUUUCCAACAGCACCAGCGCAUUCACACAGGAGUUAAACCAUAUCACUGCUUGGAGUGUAGCAAGAGUUUUACUCAACAGAGUAAUCUGAAAACACACCAGCGCAUUCACACAGGAGAGAAACUGUUUCAUUGCUCACAAUGUGGAAAAGGUUUUAAUCGACAAUGUAUUCUCCAACAACACCAGCGCAUUCACACUGGGGAAAAGCCGUAUUACUGCUCAGAGUGUGGGAGGAAUUUUACUCAACAGAUUCAUCUCCAACAACACCAGCUCAUUCACACAGGAAAGAAGCCAUAUCACUGCUCAGACUGUGAGAAGAGUUUUAAAUCGACAAAGUACCCUCCAGCGACACCAGCAAAUUCACACAGGAAAGAAGCUGUAUUGCUGUUUAAAGUUUUUUACUCUACAGAGUAAGUUCAAAACACACCACCGCUGCUCAGAGUGUGGUUUCAGGAAUUCAAAUGCUUUUAAGACACACACGUGCACUAAGAGCAGUUGUAGAAACAGGCAGUAAUGAGUAUAAACAAAACACCAUCCCAGGACUCACAUUAUACACCCAAUUGUAAAAUAUAACUCAGUUGAUUACGUACGGUUAACCCACCACACUUAGAAUGCUCUUCCACUUCAGUGUUAACAGUUUUCUGUCCUUUUUGAGUGCUUUUAUAAGAGAUUAUAACCUAAAACUGCCCUGAAAUUUGGUGCUGAUACUCCAGAACCAUAGAACUGAAUUCUUUGAAAAUUAGGCAGACAUUCUGCUGUAGGGAACUACAGCAGAACUACAUUCUGACAAUAUGGAUGCAAUUGUAAAGUCUGUAUAAAUUGCCUGAAAAUGAGUCUUCAGAACCAUGGCUUGUGUGUGUCCGUUUUACAUUGCUGCAUAGCAUUGUAAGGAAAAAUCAGCAUUUGUGUGACUGCAUGCAACAGACCUUUGAAGAUAUACCCUUCCCAGCCUCAUGCUGGAGACAGAGUUCUGUGUCAGAUGAUCAUCGUAUGGUUCAGAACAUGGAAAGGGAAAGAAAUGUACGCUCUGUAAAUUUGUUUGUGGUGUGAUGAAGUUGCCUUAUUACUAUAAUUGUUUAUAUGGUGAUAAUGCAUGUGUACAAGACAUUCUCAUAUAGUGCUAUACUAUAAAUAAUUGAGCCUUUAUUGUUAGAUAAAGUUAUGUUAUGAAAAGGAGACUUAUGCAAAACAUUAACACUAAAGACCAAAACACUUAACACAUUGAAUAAUGCAGGCACAAGCUAAGAAGGUUCAGGAUAUCUAAUCAUCAUUGUUAGCUACAGGCAUUUCAGUUGGCCAACUACAUAGUGCUAGAUCUGAAUAUUUGCCAAUUUAUCUAUCAAAUAAUGUUUCCUUAAAAGUCAAACAGUGCUGCAUGUAAGAAAUGUGUUCUUUCUUGGAGAAAUGCCAUGCAGGCCUGUCACUUUUGUUAGUGCUAACAAAGCAGAGCAAAAUCUGUAAAAAGUAAUGAUCAAAAGGUUCUCAGAAUAUAAGAAUCUACAAUAAAACUACAGAUGGCAGUGAUCAAAUGGAUGAUGAACAAAAGGUCCCCUCCUGGGCCUUUCGUAUCCCCGGGACGUGCAUACACUUAUCAGGCGUAACAUUACGACCACUUCCUUGUUCCUAUGCUCAUU